AAUUCAAGUCGGAGGUUCGAAAACACCCCGGCACAUUUUCAACAUUUCCAACAUUUCCAGGUCCCGGUUUUGUCGCCAGGGAUCAGCUUUUCCUGCGGGGAGCGAGGAGAGGAGACGCGGGCAAACAUGCACAUCAAGUCCGUGGUGAUCGACGGCUUCAAGUCGUACGCGCAGCGGACGGAGAUCAGCGGCUUCGACCCGCUCUUCAACGCCAUCACCGGCCUGAACGGCAGCGGGAAGUCCAACAUCCUGGACUCCAUCUGUUUCCUACUGGGCAUCUCCAACCUCAGCCAUGUGCGAGCCUCCAACCUCCAGGACUUGGUUUAUAAGAACGGGCAGGGCGGCAUCACCAAGGCCACCGUGUCCAUCACCUUCGACAACGCCAACAAGAGCCAGAGUCCUCUGGGGUUUGAGACCCACGAUGAGAUCACAGUAACCAGACAGGUGGUGAUAGGUGGCAGGAACAAGUACCUCAUCAAUGGGGUUAAUGCCAACAACACCAGGGUGCAGGACCUGUUCUGCUCGGUUGGGCUCAACGUCAACAACCCACAUUUCCUCAUCAUGCAGGGAAGGAUCACCAAGGUUCUGAACAUGAAACCACCAGAGAUCCUUGCAAUGAUCGAGGAGGCAGCUGGCACCAGAAUGUAUGAAUGUAAAAAGAUCAGCGCCCAGAAGACAAUCGAGAAGAAGGAGGCCAAGCUCAAGGAGAUUCAGACUAUUUUGGAUGAGGAAAUUACUCCAACUAUGCAGAAACUGCAAGAGGAAAGAUCCUCAUAUUUGGAGUACCAGAAGCUGAUGCGUGAGAUCCAGCACUUGUCGCGGCUCUACGUGGCCUGGCUUUUUGUGUGUGCCGAGGAGACCAAGGUGAAGUCGGCGGGGAAUCUGAAGGCCAUGCAGGAAAACAUCGCCAAGAUGCAGGCCCGCAUGGCAGAAAACGAGAGCAAAAUCCAGGAGCUCUCGGCGCAGAUUCAGGAGCUACAGAAGACCAGGGACAAGGAAGUGAAUGGAGUAUUAAAGUCUCUGGAGGACGGUCUCGCUGAAGUGCAGCGCGUGGAUGCAAAAGCUCAAAGUACGCUUGACUUGAAAAAACAGAAUCUCAAAGAUGAAACCAAGAAAAGAAAAGAGCUUGUAAAGAGUAUGGAAGAGGAUAAGAAAAUGCUUGUGGUAAAAGAAAAAGAGGUGUCCAAGUUGACCGAGCAGCUUCAGGCUCUGCAGGAUGAAGGUCAGACGGACAACGCGGCUCUGGAGACAGCGGAGCAGCAUUUCAAAGCCGUGUCUGCAGGUCUGUCCACCAACGAGGACGGAGAGGAGGCCACGCUGGCCGGCCAGAUGAUGACCUGCAAGAACGACAUGAGCAAGGCCGAUACCGAGGCCAAGCAGGCCCAGAUGACGCUGAAGCACGCCCAGGCCGAGCUGAAGACCAAACAGGCAGAGGUGAAAAAGAUGGACAGUGGCUACAAGAAAGACCAAGACAACCUGCAGGCUGUCAGGCAGAGCAGGCAGAAACUGGAGGCUGAGCUCGCCAAACUCAACUAUGAAGAUGGGAAGGAGGAAAGUCUUCUGGAAAAAAGGAGACAGCUGUCCAGAGAAGUCGCUCAACUCAAAGAGAAAUAUGAACGCCUCAUGUCCCGGUUCCCCAACCUGCGCUUCGACUACAGGGAUCCGGAGCGAGGAUGGGACCGCAGCAAAGUGAAGGGGCUGCUCGCCAACCUCAUCACCGUGAGUGACGUUUCCUAUGCCACGGCGCUGGAGGUGGUCGCCGGUGGACGGCUCUACAACAUCGUUGUGGACACAGAGGUGACCGGUAAAAAGCUGCUGGAGAAGGGAGAACUGCAGCGACGCUACACCAUCAUUCCCCUCAACAAGAUCUCCGCCAAGACCCUGAACGACAGAGUUCUGAACGCUGCGAAGAGCCUGGUGGGGGCGGAUAAUGUCCACACGUCUCUGUCCCUGGUGGGCUACGAGGCAGACCUGCGUAAAGCCAUGGAGUACGUGUUUGGCUCCACGCUGGUCUGCGACACCCUGGACAACGCCAAGAGAGUGGCCUUUGACAAGCAGGUGACGACGAAAACGGUCACUCUGGGAGGAGACGUCUUCGACCCUCAGGGGACCCUGAGUGGAGGCGCUCGCUCCCAGUCAGUUUCCAUUCUGGCAAGUCUGCAGGAGGUGAAGGAUCUCCAGAACAACCUGAACGACAAGGACGCCCAACUCAGGGACACUGAACAACAGCUGACCAGCCUGAAGGGAACCGCAGAGAAAUACCGCCAGCUGAAGCAGCAGCACGAGCUGAAGGUGGAGGAGGAGCAGAUCGUGCAGGCGAAGGUGCAGCAGAGCUCCUUCCACCAGCAGCAGGAGGAGCUGGAGCGGCUGCGCAAGGCCAUCGAGGAAAGCGAGGAGACCUUGCGUUCCACCAAGGAGGUGCAGAAGAAGGCGGAAGAGAAAUACAAAGUCCUGGAGAACAAGAUGAAGAACGCCGAGGCGGAGAGGGAGAAGGAGCUGAAAGCUGCCCGGGAGAAACUCAAAGCAGCCAAGGCCAAAGCCGACACCUUCAACACCAAGUUGAAGCAAAGACAGCAGGAGUCUGAAGCCGUGACCCUGGAGCUGGAGGAGCUGCAGAGGGAGCAGGCCGGCUACGAGCAGCAGAUCCAGGCGGUGGACGAGGCCAUGAAGGCCAUCACGGAGCAGAUAGACAGCAUGGCCUGCACCGUGUCCCAGAACAAGGAGUCGGUGCGGAAAGCCCAGGAGGAGCUGACCAAACAGAAGGAGAUCAUCAUGACACAAGACAAAGAGCUCAAGGGGAAGAACACGGAGGCAAAUCAGAUAAGAGAGCAAAACAACGAGGUCCAGCUGAAGAUCAAGGAGCUUGAACACAACAUUAAUAAGCAUCAUAAAGACAGCCAGGAGGCGGCUGACAAGGUGACGCGGAUGCUGGACGAACACGACUGGAUCCAGUCGGAGCGCCAGUUCUUCGGCCAGCCCAACACCUCGUACGACUUCAAGGUGAACAACCCCCGGGAGGCGGGGCAGCGGCUGAAGAAGCUGGAGGAAACCACCACCAAGCUGGAGAGGAACGUCAACAAGAGGGCCAUGAACAUGCUGAACGAGGCCGAGGAGAGGUACAACGACCUCAUGAAGAAGAAGAGGAUCGUGGAGAACGACAAGGCAAAGAUCCUGCAGACCAUCGAGGAGCUGGACCAGAAGAAGAACGAGGCUCUGAACGUGGCCUGGCAGAAGGUCAACAAGGACUUCGGCUCCAUCUUCUCCACUCUGUUGCCGGGAGCAAACGCUAAACUGGCUCCUCCUCAGGGCCGCGGCGUCCUGGACGGCCUGGAGUUCAAGGUGGCCUUGGGCGACACGUGGAAGGAGAACCUUACGGAGCUCAGCGGAGGGCAAAGGUCUCUGGUGGCCUUGUCCCUCAUCCUGGCCAUGCUGCUUUUCAAACCCGCUCCCAUCUACAUCUUGGACGAGGUGGACGCUGCUCUGGAUCUGUCGCACACGCAGAACAUCGGCCAGAUGCUGCGCACGCAUUUCAGACACUCGCAGUUCGUGGUGGUUUCCCUCAAAGACGGCAUGUUCACCAACGCCAACGUCCUCUUCAAGACCAAGUUUGUGGACGGCAUGUCCACGGUGUCGCGCACGGCGCUGAGCCAGAGCGACGCCAACCCUCCCCGCAAGGUGCAGGACAAGUCCAGACCGAGGGACAAGAGGACGGCGCAGCUGGCCAGCUAACCGGGAACCAGCUAACCGGGAACCAGAACCAGCUAACCGGGAACCGGCUAACCGGGAACCAGCUCUGGUUGAUUCCGCUUUUAAACCUUCACUAAUGAAAUGCUGCAUCUGCAUCUUUUAUUCUCUCCUGUUUCUUCACUUGUCUGGUUAUUUGUGUAUUUUUUCCUUUUUUAUAUGCAGUUUACUUAUAUUUUUUGUAAAUAAAGAUGUCAUAUAGUUA